AUGAAGGAUGAGGGUGGAAAGGAUAGGGCCACAAGCUGUAGCACUGGAUCAAAUGUAGACCCUUUGUUAACUAGACACCAGGCAAUUGAAAUUCAUCCAUUGGAUAAUAUCAAUGUUGACCUGAAUGAGGAGGGAACAGUUAGAAGAUGGACAGUAGGCACAAAUAAUCUGAAGGCAAACAAAACAGUGUUACUCAUGGGAGCGACUGGAGUGGGAAAAUCAACUCUCAUCAAUUAUAUUGCCAACUACAUCCUCGGGGUCAAUUUCGAGGACAACAAAAGAUUCCAAUUAAUCCCAGAUGAAAAAAAGAGUCAAACUGCAUCUCAAAGUACUGCCAUCACCGUGUAUGAAAUCUUUGGCCAUGAAGGGGACCGUGUUACUUUUUCAGUUACAAUCAUCGACACUCCAGGAUUUGGAGACACAAAUGGGAUUGAACAAGAUCAACUCAUUACUAAAAACCUUCAAGAAUUGUUUGAGUCAAAAAAUGGAGUGCACCAAAUUGAUGCCGUGUGUUUUGUUGUUAGAGAGGAUGAGGUUCGUCUCACCCUCACCCAACGCUACAUCUUUGAGUCCAUCCUUUCCAUAUUUGGAAAAGACAUUGAAAAAAACAUCCUGGCACUCAUCACAUUUGGCAAGGCAGCUCAAACCAAUAUCUCUGUCACGGCAGAUUUCCGGACCAAGAUGCUGCGUGGCACCGUGGCCAGGCCACAGGAUGUCGGAGGACACCAGGUUCGGCAUGAGGCACAGGGUAAAGUUGGGGCGUCGGGACGAGCAGAGCAGAAUGACAACCAGGACAACUAUGUUACCAGGGAGGACCAGUGCACAGCACAGCCCCAGGCUCAAAAUCAGAUGGCCCUAAUCCGGGUGGUGGUGUCCAAGCUGGAGGUGUUAGAGGAGUUAUGGUUCUCCACGGUCGGUGCUUGA